CCCCUUCAUCGUCUAGUAUUCGCCGUCGUUAGACAGCGUCUAGCUCGCUUUUCUCCUUCUUCCCCCCCUUUUCCCCUCUCCUCGCCAGCCCCCCGCCAGAAAGGAUACCGCUUGAAAUCUCGCGACCCUUCUCUGUGCAAUUCUCUCAAACCGUUUUAUCCGCCAUUCCCUCAAAGCCUUUUCCCCACACAAACACUCUUUAACUCGAUUUCCUCUUGCUUCUGUCUUCGGUGUCCGCUGCCUUUCGCGCGUAACCGUUCAGCUGCAAUACCUAUCCUCAUAUCCAUACCUACCAACACCUCAUUCCGUCAAUCCCCGGUACUUCUGUAGCUCAUUCGCUUCCCAGAUUUACCUUUCCUACAAACCCUAGGCAUCGUUCUGCGUACUCCAACGAGCAACGGCCUCAUCCAUCCAGUGUUUCUCAACGUCUUCACACUCUCACCACCACACAACACACAAACGCAUCUGUAACUCCAAUAUCAAAACCAUACAUGCACUCUCCUUACUCAAAAAUGUCGACCAUCAAACAAUCUCCCAAUGGAUCGCCGGUUCCCAGGCUCUCUGAGGGUGCGCAGGGUCUCGCCCCUCUUCAGACCGACACCGCUUCCGACCAUUUCUCUAAUCCACCCAGCGCUGUUCCCUCCAGUGCUGUGACCGAGAGCGGCCUCGACUCCGCCAUUGGUCCCAUGCGCCGCAAGCCGAGCCGUCGCGCCAACACCGCCGAGAGGCGUGCGACCCACAAUGCUGUCGAGAGGCAGCGGCGUGAAACCCUCAACGGGCGCUUCCUCGACCUUGCCGCCAUGCUCCCCAAUCUGCAAUCGGUCCGUCGCCCAUCGAAAUCAGCCAUCGUCAACAGCUCGAUCGCCCUGAUUCACCAGCAGCGCAGGGCGCGCGGUGUUGCAGCUCGCGAGCUGCGCCUCCUCAAGUCCGAGUCCGACAUCCUCCGCCGUGAAGUCAACGAAUGGCGUGAACGCGCUCGCAUGCCGCCCGUUGAGGAGCCAAUCCGCUCUCAAGACUUCCACAUCCUCAUGACCGUUGAAGAGGUGGAGGAGAAUGAGGAGGAGCGUGCUGCGUACGCUGCGAUGAAUGCCGUGGACGAGGCUGAUGAGGACGAAUACGGUGAUGGCCCGGAUGAGCUCUCUGACCGCCCCACUUCGGGUGGUCGUGGUGCCGGUCAAGGCCUGCAGUACAACCAUAACAUGAAUCAUGGUAUGGGCAUGGCAAUGGGCAUGAUGCCUAUCGGUAUGGGCAACAUGGGCAUGCAGAUGCCCCCGCAGCGCGGUUAUGCUGCCCCACCUCCACCGUCACACCCAUCCCAUCAGUAUGGUGCCUCUCAACAGCAGGUGGGCCUGGAUUUUUCCAGCGCCCCUACCAUGUUCGACAGUGGUCAGACUAAGGCCGCUGCUUGGACCCAGCAACAGCAACAGCAAUUGCAGCAACAACAGCAACAGCAACAACAGAUGAUCAACAUGAUGCAAAAUCAGAACCAGCAGAUGCAGAGCCAGCAAUGGCCCCAGGCUCAGCUCGCUCAACCGGUUACCUCGCUUUCGAUGUUCACACCCCCUGGCAGCUCGCACGGUUCUUCGGUUCCCGCGGUUACCACACCGCCUGCGUCGGACCCGCUCGUGCAGCAGGCCCAGGAGGCGUUUCUGGCCAACUAUCAGCGUAAUGCACAGGUCCUCUUUCCUGGGCCAGGCACCUCCAUCUCCGCCCUCUCAGGAAUUGGAUACCAGGCGCCCACCACGCAGGCCAUAACGCCACCAUCGAGCAUGCACGAUGGUGAUGCCGGUGUAUGCGUAUCUGCUCCCAUGGUUACCGACGGCAUGAACAGCGUUCACUCAAGUCCCUCUGGCAGCAUCCGCUCCAAUUCUGCCAGCGUGCACUCCAACCGAGCCAGCCCAGAAGCCAACUUUUCGCUCAGUCCCCCGAUUCCCGUGACGGCCGCAUUCAUGAAUUCCGGCAUGACCAACCCGACAGUGCCUUUUGUCUCUUCGCACAGCCGCCGUACCUCUUCCGGUGGGCUCGCAGUCCCUCAACCUGCACCUGCGAUUGGCACGACUGUUGGCAUGCCGUGGCUCACGUCAAAUAUGAACAUGGGCGUGACUGUCGGAAGUGGCUACGCUUCGAGUGGACUCAGUCUUUUCGCGUAAAUGUCAAGAAAUAGACAUUAUUUCCGACACCCGCACCAACCGCUCAGCCGUUCUUCUCAUCAUGAUCAUCUGCUCAAUCCACUUUGCUGUCUCUAUCACCACUGAACUCUAUGCGUGCUCUUUGCUCCGCUAUCGCUUCGUCUUUCACCGUGUCUCGAAUCGUUACGCUUUGUCUCAAGCUGCCUGCUGCGCCACUCCUUUCUACACUGUUACCGCGAUACAUGUACCGCCCGUCUGCUGUAGGGGUCCCAUACUUCCACCAUCCCGCCGUCCACCCAUCUACCACCCAGCCCUGCUGGUCCGUUCACGUUCGAUCUCACCGUCUGCCGUGAUCUUACGCCCAUCUCACCGACCUUCCCAUCACCGCCUGCAUGCAGCACCAUUUUUCAUCUGCCCCUUUUCCCUUGGGGGCCUUCCGCUCAUUGAUUGAAGCCUAAACCUCUGUCGUUACUCGACCCCUUCUUUCCUUCUCGUCCCUGGUCGUCUUUCUCUGAGUAUCUCGUAUGGUUGAUUUG